ACAUCAAAUCUCUCCGAAGAAGCUCAAGCUCAGAGAUCUCUGGUUUCCAUCUCUGUUCGAUCAGAUAAACCCUUCUUCUUUAAAUCCAAAAUUCUAACAACCUAGAUGACUCCCAAGAGCAGAUUACUUCCUCUUUUUCUUCUCUCUUUCUUUUCUCUGUUCCUCUACUCCUACUACCACUCUUCUCUCCAUCUCUUCGCACCUGAAACCUUGCACUUCAACGGUAACCCAACUAACACCCCUUCUUCUUACUUCAAUCACCUCGGAAAUCCUAGUUCAGUUCCUCCUAAUUUCACUUUUAUCAUCAAAGUUCUUGCUUUUGAUCGCUUUGAUUCACUCUCUCGGUGCCUACGGUCACUUGCAAAUGCUGAUUAUGGCCAUGACAGGGUCCAUCUUCAUGUGUUCAUAGAUCAUUUUAAGGAAGUUGAUUUGAGAAAUGGGUCUGAAGUUUUGAGUAAAAAGCUUGAGGAAUCGAGUCGGAUUCUGGAUUUUGUUGAUGGAUUUUCCUGGAGGUUUGGCGAGAAGUUUGUACAUUAUAGGACGGGGAAUGUUGGUUUACAGGCCCAGUGGUUGGAGGCUUGGUGGCCCAGUUCAGAUGAUGAAUUCGCUUUUGUUGUGGAAGAUGAUUUGGAGGUUUCUCCUCUUUAUUAUGAGUUCCUCAAAACGUUAAUUGCUAACUAUUAUUAUAACUCUUCAAAUUUCCAUCCGUCGAUUUAUGGUGCUUCAUUGCAAAGACCGAGGUUUGUUGCAGGUAAACAUGGAAACAAAUUGCAGUUGGGUAGUGAAACUCGACUUUUUUUGUACCAAUUGGUUGGCACCUGGGGUCAACUUCUCUUUCCAAAACCCUGGAAAGAGUUCCGUCUGUGGUAUGAUGAACACAAGGCCAAGAACAUUAAGCCAGUUCUGCAGGGGAUGGUGACAACUGGAUGGUAUAAAAAGAUGGGAGAGAGAAUAUGGACUCCUUGGUUCAUCAAAUUCAUUCACUCUCGUUCCUACUUCAAUAUUUAUACCAACUUUCUACGUGAGAGAGCUCUCAGUGUCUCCCAUAGAGAUGCUGGUGUUAACUAUGGGAAAACAGCUGGGCCAGAUUCUUAUUUACUUGAUGCAAGGUCCCUUGAUCUCAACUUUUUAGAAAUGCUGCCCUUGAGUAAUCUAAAAUGGUAUGAUUUCUGCUUCAGAGAAGUGAUUCCUGAGAGGACUGUAAGGAGCUUUGAUGAACUCGAUCCUGUUCUUAAGAGUGUGCAGAAAGAGAAUACUAUUAUACUUCUAAGCAUAUUUGGAGCAUCUCAGAUCAUCACUAGGAACAUGCUGUGCCAUUUUGAGAGGCUGGAUAUCCGGAACUAUAUCUUGCUGGGCCCUGAGUCUGAGUUCUUGUUGGAUCUUGCAAGGAGGGGACAUCCUGUGGUUAAUGUACAACAAUUGCUCAAUGGUGUUGGUGGCUACAAAUCGAUGGGCAGUCAGGGAUCCUAUGCACAACUGAUCAGGGAAAUCCUGGCUAUGGCUUAUGUGAUUAAGAAGUGCCUAGAUUCUCAUUAUAGUUCUUGGGUCAUUGAUGGAAACAUGGUUCCUGUCAGCGCUGAUGCAUUUUCUAUUGCAAAUGAGCCCUCGUAUGAUUUCUUCUCUGCAAGAGAUUCAGGACUAAUGUUUCUCAGGAGCUCAGCAACAGCUACAAAUAUUUGGAUUGAUGAUUUUAUUUUCAAAGUUGCACAGACAGCAAAGGCUUCAAUGGAAGACAAUUCACUGUCUAGAGAACGCAGGCAUUUUGUGUAUUUUGCAUCAGAAUCCCUGCAAGUAAAUGGUGUCAGGAUUAAGAAAAUUAAUGAAUUGAUUUUUGGACUAAAGAUUUUUAGCAAUUACACCAGUCAAACUUCUCUUGGAGAUGAGAAAAAGAUUAUCUUUUGGCCUUAUGAGAUGGAAUUGAAUUAUCUUCAAAAGGCUCUUCGAAGUUUGGGUAUGUGGGUAGUGGAUGGUGACUCUUCUUGUGUGGCUGUAGUGUGCCACCUCUCAUAAAAUCUGAUUCUGAUGGUUACUUGUAUUUUUUUUCUUCUUU